GGAUUCAUACGGUAGGCUGAUGGAUCUUGGGGUUGGCUCCUUUGUGCUAGCAAACUCUAUAGUUUCACGGCAAGCACGGUGUAUCUCAUCAAAGAAUUGGAUGACUGCAUUUAAAGGAGCCAGUCCAUUAAUAUUAAUUGGUUUUGGUCGGCUUGUUUCUACAGCAGGUGUGGAUUAUCAGGUUCAUGUUGGGGAAUAUGGAGUUCAUUGGAAUUUCUUUUUCACACUUGCUGCUAUCUCAGUUGUUACAUCCAUAGUUAAUGUUCCCCCUCAAUAUGCCGGAAUUCUUGGUUCAGUAAUUCUUAUUGGGUAUCAAAGUUGGUUAAGUCAUGGGUUAAAUGCUUAUCUUUUGUCUGAUGGAAGAGGAGUUGAUAUCAUAAGCAAAAACAAGGAGGGAAUCUUUAGCAUAUUUGGAUAUUGGGGUAUGUAUCUAAUUGGUGUCUACUUGGGCUUCUAUCUCUUUUUCGGAAAACAUCGAUCUGCAACAUUGAGAAGCAGUAAGGCAGUGAUUGUCAAAACCUGGCUUCUUUCUCUUUUGUUUUGGUUACUCACUUUGCUUGAAGAAAAGUACAUAGAAAGAGUUUCUCGCAGAAUGUGCAAUCUGGCUUAUGUUACUUGGGUUCUGGCACAAAAUCUACAGGUUUUAGCAGUUUUCAUGAUUUUCGAUUAUCUCCAUGGAAGUAAAACUUCAGUGCUUGAAGAAGCAUUUGACAAGAACUUAAUGGCUGUAUUUCUUCUGGCCAAUGUACUCACUGGUUUGGUAAACUUGUCUGUGGAUACCCUGUUUGUCUCAUCCAUCUCAGCUUUGGUAAUAUUGGCAGGCUACGCAUUCACUCUUACAGCCAUCAUGGGAAUUGUUAACUAUUAUGGUAUUAGGUUGAAAUUUUGGUAGGAAUUAGCAUGCUUUAAUAUUUAAAUUACAACUGAUUGUCAAAUGUUUACUAAUCACCAUGACAAGUUUUGUGAACUUGGAGAUCAUAAGGUUCAAUUUAUUUAGUGAAGAAGGCGUAAGAUAUGAUAAUAAAAGAGGAAGAUAAUUAAAACUUACAUUUGAAGCCUA